GCGCACCCUGACCGGACCGCCCUGCGCUCUCGCCGCGGAGCACCCUUCUGGCUUCUUCGUCUCUGGACGGACGGACGCUGGAGCUCUUCUCUUGCCCUUAGCCAAACUUACUUUCCCGCCUCUCGAAAACUCUUAGCUUCUCUCUCCUCCUCCCUUCAGCUCGCUCUUUUUCACUCCAUUUCCCUCUCCUCUCCCACGCCACAAACCCACCUCCCCUCUCCUCUCUCCCAUCCCCUCCUCCCUCCCCGGGACCCCCCUAAACUCUUCUUCCUCCUUCACCUCAAAGACUCAGUCCCAGCGCGCCUGCUGGACUCGGUCUCCUGCUCUGCUCCGGUUCUUCUCGAAGUCAUGGCAGGACCUGGGGGUUGGAGGGACAAGGAGGUGACAGAUCUGGGCCACUUACCGGACCCAACUGGAAUAUUCUCACUAGAUAAAGCCAUUGGUCUUGGUACUUAUGGGAGAAUCUAUUUGGGACUCCAUGAAAAGACUGGUUCGUUAACGGCUGUGAAAGUAAUGAAUGCCCGGAAGACUCCUUUGCCUGAAAUAGGAAGGCGGGUGAGAGUGAAUAAAUAUCAAAAGUCUGUUGGAUGGAGAUACAGUGAUGAAGAGGAGGAUCUCAGGACCGAGCUCAAUCUGCUGAGGAAGUACUCUUUCCACAAAAACAUUGUGUCCUUCUAUGGUGCGUUUUUCAAGCUGAGUCCCCCUGGCUAUAGACACCAACUUUGGAUUGUGAUGGAGUUAUGUGCAGCAGGCUCAGUCACUGAUGUGGUGAGGAUGACAAGAAAUCAGAGUUUAAAAGAAGACUGGAUUGCUUAUAUCUGUCGAGAAAUUCUUCAGGGCUUAGCUCACCUUCAUGCACACCGAGUAAUUCACCGGGACAUCAAAGGCCAAAAUGUGCUGCUGACUCAUAAUGCUGAAGUAAAAUUAGUGGAUUUUGGAGUGAGUGCCCAAGUGAGCAGAACAAAUGGAAGGAGAAAUAGCUUCAUUGGUACGCCAUACUGGAUGGCCCCUGAGGUGAUUAAUUGUGAUGAGGACCCAAGACGCUCCUAUGAUUACAGAAGUGAUGUGUGGUCUGUGGGAAUCACUGCUAUUGAAAUGGCUGAAGGGGCUCCUCCUCUGUGUAAUCUUCAGCCCCUGGAAGCCCUUUUCAUUAUUCUACGGGAAUCUGCUCCCACAGUCAAAUCCAGUGGAUGGUCCCGUAAGUUCCACAAUUUCAUGGAAAAGUGCAUGAUAAAAAAUUUCCUAUUUCGUCCUACAUCUGGAAAUAUGCUUCGUCACCCAUUUGUGGAGAAUAUUAAAAAUGAACGGCACAUUGUGGAGUCAUUGACAAAACAUCUUACUGGAAUCAUUAAAAAGAGACAGAAGAAAGACAUACCUCUGGUCUUCGAAAGAGAAGCAGCUAUUGAGGAACAGUACGCCACAAGGAGAUUCAGAGGACCUUCUUGCACUCAUGAACUCCUGAGAGUGCCAAGUAGCAGCAGAUGCAGACCACUUAGAGUCCCGCAUGGAGAACCCCUUCAGCCACGGUGGUUACCUGAUGAUGAAGAGCCACAAUUCCAAGCACUUCAGCAACUGCAGGGGGCAGCCAGGGGGGUCCUGCCUCUCCCUGCUGAGGACAAUACACCCAAGCCUUUACAGAAGAAGCAGGCUCAGGCACCACAGCGCCUCCUACAUGUGGCAGCUCGGGUGUUCAGGCCAUUACAGGCUCAGGUUAAAGCUAAGGCAUCUACACCUCAAUUCAAGCAGAUUCAAGCACCUCCCCGCCUAAAGAAAGCAGCCCGGGUGCUCAUGCCACUCCCUACUGAGGAUAAAGAACCUGAUCCUCCAGAGAUGCAGGCUCCCGUACCCAAUGAGCAGCAGGCCCAGUCUGAGGCCUUAGAAGCAGGACAGCUUAAAGAUUUGGACCAGGUGCCAGAAGAAUUUCCGGGGCAAGAUAGAGCACCUGAAGAGCAGAGGCAGGGCCAGGCUGCUGAACAACAGCAGAGGCAGAAUCCAGUUCCGGAGCAGAAUCCGGAGCAGAAUAGGGCACCUGAGCAGCCAGAGGUGCAAGAACAGGCUGUUGAGCCUCCACAAGCUGAGGUUGAGGAUAAGGAACCUGAGGUACUACAAGUACAUGCCCAGGUGUUCCUGCCUUUAUUGUCACAGAACCAUCAUGUGCUCUUGCCUCUUCACUUAGACACACAGGUGCUAAUUCCAGUAGGGGAACAAAAUGAAGAGUCACCUCAGGCACAGGCCUGGGCUCUAGAGGCCUCACAGGCCAUUGGUGCAGUUCAAGCACUGAUAGAGGGACUAUCAAGGGACUUGCUUCAAGCACCAAAUGCAUUGAUCUCUAAACCACUUGGUCCACUGCAAAUCUUGCUGGAAAAUUUGUCAUCAGAUACAUUUUACACUCAACCAGAACAGACACGGAAGAAAAAGUCAAAAGUUGCUAGUCUAAAGCAAGCACUGGUGAAAAGAUUAUCACCCAAGAGGUUCAGGGCAAAGUCCUUGUGGAGAAUUGAGGAAUUUGAACUUUCAGAUGUAGAAGCCAGCAGGAGACGGCGCCAGCGUAGAUGGGAGGACAUCUUUAAUCAGCAUGAAGAGGAAUUGAGACAGGUUGAAAAUGAUAAAGAAGAUGACUCAUCAGACAAUGAUGAAGUGUUUCAUUCAAUUCAGGCUGAAGUCCAAAUAGAACCAUACGUUCCAAAUCCUACAGGAAAUGAGGUCCAAGAGAGAUCUGCUUCUAUUCCUUGCAACCGGAAUCGUACACACCGUGUGAAAUUUUCUUCAAGUGUCUCUCAGCAUCCUCUUUUCGAAGAAGUUCAGCAGCCCAUGGACGUCAGACAGAGGAGUUCCCUAUAUCCUCAGAAUUACCAAGCAGCAUCAGAGUCAUCUUCUGAGGAGGAGAGUCCUGUGACUAGGAGGAAGUCCCAGUCAUCGCCGCCUUAUUCUACUAUUGAUCAGAAGUUACUGAUUGAUAUCCAUGUUCCAGAUGGAUUUAAAGUGGGGAAAAUAUCACCCCCUGUAUACUUGACAAAUGAAUGGGUAGGCUGUAAUGCACACUCUGAAAUCUUCUGGGAUGAUUGGUUAAUUCCUGCACCUGUCGUUCAGCCACCUGAAGAAGAUGGUGAUUAUGUUGAACUCUAUGAUGCUGGUGCUAAUACUGAUGGUGAUGAGGAAGCUUCUAAUGAUGCUUAUGAAGAUACCUAUGACCAUUUCAAUGGCCAUGAUGACUUGAAUAACCAGGUUGAUCAGGCAAAUGUCCGUAAAGCCCGUGGUGCUGGCUAUGAUGCUGGGUCUGUUCGUGACACAGAUGAUAAUCUUGAUGCUGCUACCAAUGGGCCAAGAGCAAGCUAUCGCAGAGGGGGAAUAUUGAAGAACAGUGGUGGAGGUAAUGUACAGCAGGGGGCUUUCAGACCCUAUAGAAACAAUGGAGCCCAAAGUUACCGUGGCAACUCUGCUGGGGGAGCGUGUGCAGCCUUUAGAAACCAGGAUGGACAUGGAGCCAAUCGAGGGAACAGAUAUAGAGGAGCCAAUGGAAGCAGUGAAGAGCAUGGAGCAUUUGGAUUCGACGAAGAAAUUCACUCACAGAAUGAUGGUGCAGGACUGGAUCAACAUAUAUUUCAGGAUUUUGAACAUGUACAGGAGGAAUCAGAUGUUGGAACUGAGACCUCAGACUCAAUUGUCUUGGAUAACGCAUCCCUCGCAUUUGAUGGUGAAAAUCCGAAUGAUAUAACAGAGUCAUCAGCAACAGUGGGUUUUCCUAUCAUCCACUCAUCUUCCAGAGGAUCUGCUUCUGCUUCUGAUACCGACAUUGCGAGUGACACCUCAUAUAACAAACCACUAAUCCAUAUGUAUGAAAAGGAGUUUUCAUCUGAGAUCUGCUGUGGCUCUUUGUGGGGAGUCAAUUUGUUGCUGGGCACCCGAUCUAAUCUGUACCUGAUGGACAGAAGUGGAAAGGCAGACAUCAUUAAACUUAUAAAGCGAAGACCAUUCCGCCAGAUUCAAGUCGUGGAGCCACUCAAUUUGCUGAUUACCAUCUCUGGCCGCAAGAACAGACUUCGCGUGUACCAUUUGACUUGGCUGAGGAACAAGAUUCUGAAUAAUGAUCCGGAAAGUAAGAAAAGGCAGAAGGAAAUGCUGAAGAAAGAGGAAGCUUGUAAAGCUAUUGAUAAGCUGACUGGCUGUGAGCACUUCAGUGUCCUUCAACAUGAAGAAACAACAUAUAUUGCAGUUGCUUUGAAAUCAUCAAUUCACCUUUUUGCAUGGGCACCAAAAUCCUUUGAUGAAAGCACUGCUAUUAAAGUGUUUCCAACUCUUGAUCUUAAGCCAGUGACAGUUGAUCUGGCUAUUGGUUCCGAGAAAACACUGAAGAUUUUCUUCAGCUCAGCUAAUGGAUAUCACAUCAUUGAUGCAGAAUCUGAAGUUAUGUCUGAUGUGACCUUGCCAAAUAACAAUAUCAUCAUUUUACCUAAUUACUUGGGAAUUGGCGUGAUGCUCACCUUCAACGCUGAAGGUGCCUCUGAGGAAGCUAAUGAACAACUCUUCAAGAAGAUCCUUGAAGUCUGGAAAGACAUACCGUCUUCUGUAGCUUUUGAGUGUACACAGAGAAUCACCGGGUGGGACCAAAAGGCUAUUGAAGCACGGUCCCUGCAGUCCACUAUUCUCGAGAAUGAGCUGAAGCGCAGGUCAAUCAAGAAACUGCGAUUCCUGUGUACCCGUGGUGACAAGCUGUUCUUCGCUUCUACACUGAGCAAUCACCACAGCCGGGUUUACUUUAUGACCCUUGGAAAACUUGAAGAGCUCCACAAACAUUAUGCUGUUUAAACGGUUCCAGUGAUUUACUACAACAUUUACAUCCAUCACAUACAUGCCAUUGCAUCUUAACAUUUCAGUUUUACCGUUAGAAACACUUUAAUCAGGCUUUUAAUGUAGCACAUAAUAGUUUCAAUGAGAAAUGCAGCUUUAUAAAUAAAAUUAACUAUAGCAAGCUCUAUGUACUCCAAUGGUGUACAAUAUCUUUUGCACGAACUUUGUAACUUUUGUUACUGUGAAUUCAAACAUCACUCUUAGGACAGUUUGGACAGUAUCUGUAUUCAGAUUUACAGCGUGGAGUAAAGAAACCUGUUAUAAAUUACAAUUGACUUUCAAAUGAAUUGGCCCUAAAUAAGCUUCUUCAAAAGAAAAAAAAAGUGAAGGUUAGAUUAAGAAACAAAAACAAUGACUUUUGUAGCCCAGACUAAGGUUGAACAACCUGCAUGCACAAAGAAAAUUACAGUGAUCAAGGGGGAUUUGCCACCCGAUUCUUUUCACAAGAAAUCCACAGUUGGAGACCAGUUGUGAUUUUUUUCUACCCCUUGUUAAACUGGUUUUCUCUAUCUAAGAAGAAAAGAAAACCAAAUGUUUGGUUUCCCCUUCUUGAAGCUCCAAAUAUAUGCAAUAGCUGUUUUUACAAUCUAGACAAUCUAAUCGACCAAACAAUACAUUUACUAGUUUGAAUACAGGACUGAACUCCAAUAUACAUGUACUGUAGAGAGUUUUUUGUUUUUUUUUUUUUUUUUAACUUCAAAGUCGGCGUCAAAUCUGUCCCCAUGACUGGGUGAGUUCUGAAUUCUGUUAUCUAGCCAAUACUGUGACCAUCAGACAGCAUUGAAUAUUUUCCCAGUCCUACAUUAUAUAAAAUGCCCUUCCAGUUAUUACACAAAGCAAUGUUACAAAAUGAAAAUAACAUUGAUAGCUAAUACUUACAUUUUCACAUUUUUAUCACUGCAAACUGAGAAAUUAAAGUAAUUAAGUGAUAAUCUCAAAUUUAGUCAUUUGUUGUAGGUAAGUAAGCCUUUAAAAAAAUAACAUUCAUUGUAUACUAAAGUCUGCAAAAUGUAGUGAAAUUCAUGCCAGUCCAUACCCAAAUAUUUUAUAGACGCCAAAAAUAGGUGAUAUUUUCUCACCUAUGGUAACUGCUACCUGGUAAGAAAACGUGAUUUAUACCUAUCCAUCCUCAAUGCCAUGGUUAGUUCUGGGGCAAGAGAAAAAACUCCAGAACCUACCACAAAGUAUACCUCAAUAAGUCCUCUAGUUCUGCUUCUAAAAUCUGAAGACUUUGCUAGUGGGAUAAUAAUUUUUAAACUACCUGGUUAACCAAAACAGAAAGCAGCUGACUGUGUGUGAUUUCCUGACAGUAUAUCAUUUCCUGGAACCUUUGUGCCAGAAAUGAAGAUUUGGAUUUUCCUUAUGACUUCUCUCAAGAGUGUAGGAGCUCAGUGUUCAGCUUACAGGAGAACCUGAAUCCACAAGUUAAAUGUGAUUCACAUUUCUGUUACUGUGACACAAUAAUGUGAUCCUAAAACUGGCUUAUCCUUGAGUGUUUACAAUUCAAAUUACUUUUUUAAAGCUCAGUAGUUACUUUAAGUAAACAAACUUUAAUGUCAAAUCAAUACUUUAGAAGUAGUUUUCUUUUUUAAAAAAAAUUUGUACACCAAAGGCCAUGGGGAAAUUGGUGCAAGUACCUCAUCGCUGAGCAAAUGGAGCUUGCUAGGUUUGGAUUUCAGAAAUUUUUCUCAUUUAAAGUAGUAUGUAGGAAAAGCCUUUUAAGAAUUUUUUCUUAAUAUUUACUCAAAAUUAAGCUUCUAAUAAGUUUUAUCUUAAAAUCAUAUGUUUAAGGCAGUAAUACAUUUAAAAAAAUCUGUUUUAGCAGCUCAACUCCCAUUAUUCUCUGUGGCAAUUAUUCCAGCAAGCAUAGGAAAAUAGCAAGCAGAGUCUGUGAAGUCACCCCAAAGAAAGCACACAGGAAAGAUUACCAAUGCAUUGCUGUGCUAAUGUGGUUAAUGAAGAAAAGCCAUUUGGCACCUAGCAAGGAAAAAGAAGCUUCAAGCAUUGGGUGGCCAAGUAUGAAAGAAUGAAAUAUUUCAAGUAGUUCAUCGGCAAUAAAUGUCACUAAUGAAUAUUUCCAACUUAGGUGUAAAUCUAUGUGGGAUCUAUUUAGCCUUUGGCAGGUGAAUCAGGAAAAGUGGAACAAUGUCAUUUCAUAGCCAUUAUACUUUGUAAUAGGAGAAAUGACUUAUGUACUACACCUCACAACAGUACAAGGCCCAGCACAUCACAAAUGUGUGGAGAGGCACCCCUGAAAGCCAGGGCCACUCGAAGUAUGGUUUAAAGCAUAAACGUUUUGGCAGGUUAGGAGCAGCACUGGUGAAAGUAUGGUUUGAUUUCACGGUGAUUUAUUUUUUUAUUACCAAAGCACAUGUAAUAAAAGAUAUAUUGUGAAAUGUUUGAAAACUAAAAAACGCUAAAAAGGAUAGGGCUGAUAACAAAACUUCUCAAUAAUGAAUUAGUUUAAACAAAGAAAGAUGCUAAGAGCAAAGAGCAAGAGGUAAAAAUCAUCAAAGAACUACAAUAAGCAAAGCACUAUUUCCCAUACACCCCCAUCCCUUCACCCAAACAGAAUGCAGAAGAUUAAAUUCUUUCUGAGAUAAACCGAGACCUAAGCCAUGAUUCAUUUAUUGGAGGGCUGGACAGAUAGCUAGAUCAGUAAAGCCCAUGCCCUAUGGCUCUAAAUUCAGUCCCCAGAAAUCACAUAAAAAUUCCAGUCCCCGUGCUGAAGAAGGGUAGACAAGUAGAUCUCUGGAGCUUGCUUGCCAGCUAGUCGAAACUAACUGGCCAAUGAGAGACCCUGUCUCCAAACAGGUGGAUGGCAUUGCUGAGGGUGACACUGGAUGUUAUCCUCUGCUGCGCUCUCUCUCUCUCUCUCUCUCUCUCUCUCUCUCUCUCUCUCUCUCUCUCUCUCUCUCUCUC